AAAGAAAGAAAGAAAGAAAGAAAGAAAGAAAGAGAGAGAAAGAAAGCAAAUGGUAAGGCCCUAGUACUAGCUCAAAUACCAAGAGGAAUCCAGCCAUGCCUCGCCGAUCUUCCUCCACUCCGCUAGGUGGCAAUGCGGACACCUACCGCUCUCCCGAUAGGCUGAGCGCGGGCGCGUAUCUUUAAGCGAGCGGAAGAGCGGGUGCGCAAGGCAGCCCAGCAGGCGGAAGUAGCUCGUACGCCGGUAGCCGCCAUGCCGGGAGACCACCGCCGCAUCCGUGGGCCGGAGGAGUCCCAGCCGCCGCAGCUGUACGCGGCCGAAGAAGACGAGACGCCCGCUGCUCGCGACCCGACGCGGCUACGACCGGUGUACGCGCGCGCAGGGUUGCUGAGCCAGGCCAAGGGCUCGGCCUACCUGGAGGCGGGAGGUACCAAGGUGCUGUGCGCCGUGUCGGGUCCGCGGCAGGCGGAGGGCGGCGAGCGCGGCGGCGGCCCUGCGGGAGCGGGCGGUGAAGCCCCCGCUGCCCUUCGGGGUCGCCUGCUCUGCGACUUCCGCCGCGCUCCCUUCUCCGGUCGCCGGCGUCGCGCGCCCCAGGGCAGCGGCGAGGAUCGCGAGCUGGGUCUGGCUCUACAGGAGGCUCUGGAGCCCGCGGUACGGCUGGGACGCUACCCUCGUGCACAGCUCGAGGUGUCCGCGCUGCUGCUGGAGGACGGCGGCUCUGCGCUGGCCGCCGCGCUCACCGCUGCUGCGCUCGCCCUGGCCGACGCGGGAGUGGAGAUGUAUGAUCUGGUAGUGGGCUGCGGCCUGAGCCUCACACCGGGACCCUCCCCGACUUGGCUGCUGGACCCCACGCGGCUCGAGGAGGAGCAUUCAGCGGCUGGCCUCACGGUGGCGCUCAUGCCCGUGCUCAAUCAGGUGGCCGGGUUACUGGGCAGUGGGGAAGGCGGUCAGACUGAGAGUUGGACCGAUGCGGUGCGCCUGGGCCUGGAAGGCUGCCAGCGCCUCUACCCGGUGCUGCAGCAGUGCUUGGUGCGGGCUGCCCGCCGGAGGGGUGCCGCCGCCCCGCCCUGAUUGGAAAACCUGAGCGACGAGGAUGCGGAGGAGCUAUCGCCCUUCUCUCCCAAAAGGACCAGCGCUGAUGGUCGCCUGACGUCGCUGAGCUGAGGACGAGAGUGGGGCAGUGGUGCACACAGAACCAGAGCUGCACAGCUGUGUCGGAAGGGUUUUAAAGGCCUUUGGGAACACGAACUAGUUGGAGAAAUUUGAAAGCAGCCAUACUCCUAAGUUGGAAAGGACUUGGGCUGGAUUUACCUAGUAAAUGAGACCUGGAACUAUGGUCUUGUAAGGGAUGGACCCUGUGCAGGCCAGCCAUCGGCUCCAAUAUAUAAUAAACUGUUUCUUUUGAGAGGAUGGACAAGGGGACUUUGCCUUCUCACUACUCGAAGUAAAACAUAAAGACAUUUUUUUAUGCCUGGAAAUACAUCUGUUGUGGUUGUUUUCUUGAUACUAGAGUUAGAAACAAUGCUGUUCUGAACUGGG